GAUGUGGGCUCCGGGCGAGAUCCCCUCCCUUGCGGACACCAGACCCGCAGUCUUUACCGCAUCGAUGGUCCCAGCGAUUCCGCUAGCCUCAGCGCCCCGCGGCGCAGUGCCUCCCGCUAGCCCUGAUCGUAUGGGGGGGGCGUGGGAAUCCGCGGAGAGAAUGGGGGCGGGGGCUCUUCCAAAAUGCAGGAGGGAACCUUGGUUGUUUAUGAGACAGGCUCUCAUUACGUUACCCAGGCUGGCCUAGAACCCCUGUGCCCAGGCGAUCUUCCCGCCUCAGCGUCUGAGUAGCCGGGGCUGCAGGCGCCUCCGGUUCUCUGCUAAAAACAGGUUUUUCUGGGCGGCCGCGCGCCGACCCCAGCGGCCCACUCGGGUGCUUCUGUCCUCAGCCGCGGAAACGCCUCCCACAGGGCGAGGACGCGCUGCCCGGCUCUGGUGACCAAAUGUGCGUCUCCGGUUUUUCUUCGGACGUCGUCUCCCCUGUUACUUUCCCCACAGGAUUCUCUGUUUCUGUAAUCUUCAGAGGCCCCAGGAGACCAGGAGAUGGCAGCGACCAAGCUCCUGCCACUGCCAGCAGGACACCAGCAGCCUCUGUCAUUCCAGGCCAAGGUGACCUUCGAGGAUGUGGCUGUGUUCCUGUCCCAGGAAGAGUGGGACCGCCUGGGUCCUGCUGAGCGGGGCCUGUACCGAAAUGUGAUGAUGGAGACCUAUGGAAACGUGGUGUCGCUGGGACUCCCAGGAUCCAAGCCUAACGUGAUCUGCCAGCUGGAGCGAGGAGAAGACCCGUGGGUCCCCUAUGAGCACGGGGCUCCAGAGAGCCGGGGCCUGGGGAGUGGCUGCCCAGAAUGCAAAACCAAGGAAGACAACCUAAACACAGACUUGAGCCUAAAGCCGUUAACUUCAGAAGAGGUAGCACCCAUUCUGAAGAAGACACCUUUAGGGGCAACUGAUCAAGAACGUAACACCAAACAGAGCUUCUGCCUGAGUCCAAGCCCUGCUGGCCACCGUGAGGCUCACGGCGCAAAGGGAAAGGAGCCACUGUCUCAGCACCAGGCAGUUCCCAAUGGGGACAGACCCUUCAUAUGCAUCGAGUGUGGGAAGUGCUUUGGUCGGAGCUCCCAUCUCCUUCAGCAUCAGCGAAUCCACACUGGUGAGAAGCCCUAUGUAUGCAAUGUGUGUGGGAAAGCCUUCAGCCAAAGCUCUGUUCUUAGCAAGCAUAAGAGAAUCCAUACGGGGGAGAAGCCUUAUGAGUGUAACGAGUGUGGAAAAGCCUUUAGAGUGAGCUCAGACCUCGCUCAGCACCACAAGAUCCACACAGGUGAGAAGCCUCAUGAAUGCCUAGAGUGUCGGAAAGCCUUUACUCAGCUCUCUCAUCUCAUUCAGCACCAGCGCAUCCAUACAGGAGAGAGGCCAUAUGUGUGUCCCUUGUGUGGGAAGGCCUUCAACCACAGCACAGUCCUGAGGAGCCACCAGAGGGUGCACACCGGGGAGAAGCCCCACCAGUGUGCUGAGUGCGGGAAGACCUUCAGUGUGAAGCGGACUCUGAUGCAGCACCAGCGGAGCCACACCGGGGAGAAGCCUUACACGUGCAGUGAGUGCGGCAAAGCCUUCAGCGACCGCUCUGUCCUCAUCCAGCACCACAACGUGCACACUGGGGAAAAGCCCUACGAGUGCAGUGAGUGUGGCAAGACCUUCAGCCACCGCUCCACCCUGAUGAACCACGAGCGCAUUCAUACGGAGGAGAAGCCCUACGCCUGCUACGAGUGCGGCAAGGCUUUCGUGCAGCACUCGCACUUGAUCCAGCAUCAGAGGGUCCACACCGGGGAGAAACCCUACGUGUGCAAUGAGUGUGGGCAUGCCUUCAGCGCACGCCGCUCGCUGAUCCAGCAUGAGAGAAUCCACACAGGCGAGAAGCCCUUCCAGUGCACAGAGUGUGGGAAGGCCUUUAGCCUGAAGGCAACUCUGAUCGUGCACCUGAGGACUCACACGGGCGAGAAGCCGUACGAGUGCAACAGCUGCGGCAAGGCCUUCAGCCAGUACUCGGUGCUCAUCCAGCACCAGCGCAUCCACACCGGGGAGAAGCCCUACGAGUGUGGCGAGUGCGGGCGCGCCUUCAACCAGCACGGGCACCUCAUCCAGCACCAGAAAGUGCACAGGAAGAUGUCCCGAGGGCAGCCCUUAUAGGCACCCGCAUGUGUAGAAACCGCACAAGGGGCACGGGCAGCCGCUUGCCAGGGAGUUUGUUACCUCCGCAAGACAGCUGUGCUCAGUACUGCAUGCUCCCAAAGAAAGGCCCAGGGCAUGUUCCUGUGGAAGAGCUUCCGAGAAUGUCUGUUUAUCUUCCUCAACAUCUUUUAAGUUACCUAGGAGGGUAAUGGUACAUUGGUAGUGAAUAUUGAUAAAGAUAGCCAUAAUUCUUUGUCUCUUUAACAUUAGUUUAUUUGAAGGAACUAAAGGAAGUGUAAGGACUGUCUCAAUAAAACUUACAUUCCAUACAAAGUUCUUUUCCUUAGAACCUACCUGCCUCUCCUAAAUGCAAUUAACCGUCCUAAUUAUUGUACUUAGAAUGUUGUACUAUUUUCAGUACUCUAUAAAAACACUAAAGUGCUGUGUGGAUAAAGUGCUAUUUUGAAAAAUAUUGUUAAGUAUCACCAAGUGAAAUAGUGGAAAAUUCUAAAUGCAUGGAAAAACCUGUUUUGUAUUAAAAAAAAAAAAGUUUAAAGAUACAUUAGUGAGAAGUGUCAUAAAUUUAGAAAACCAUUUUUAUCUGGUGCUUUAACUUUAUUCAAAAUUAGAAGGAAUGUCCUAACACUUCAAUAAAAAUUCAACUCAAAAGUGGGUAUUUUCCUGUAAAAUCUGUCCUUAUGACCUAUAGAUUCUCUACCUCAGAGAUCAUGGGCUCUCCAAGGGCCUGCUGAUCCUGAGCAGGUAUAGGACAAGAUCCCACACAAAGUGGUGCCUAGUGAUCUUUGCAAGAAAAUA